CUCCCGCUUUCCCGUUGAGAACCCGCGCCCGCUCAGCCUCCUCCUUUGAGACUGGUUCCCCACGGCCCCGCCAGGCUCCCGGCGUUUCCUCGCUCGCCCUGCCUUUCCCGCAGAAGGCUCAGUCUCUCCCUCUUCCACGCUCCUUCCUUUCCCUUCCCGGUGCCCUCUUCUCUUCUUGUACCCUGGAGUCCCCGGACAGGGGCUGAGGGCCGGGCCGUGGAGGUAAGGGGGAGGACCGAAGUUGGGGGGAGGACUGGGUGUGUUCUGGUCCCAAGUGUCCAGCCAGAGGAAUAUGAGGAGAAGACUUCUGUGGGCAGUAGGGCUGGGGGCUCCAAGGACUUUGGGGCGUGUAAGGGUUGGAGGAGGGUGUAGGGGUGUCAGGCCAGGUUACUGAUCCAAGCCUCCCCGGUUUUGCCCACAGUGACCGCAGCCCUCCAGGAGCCUCCUGCUCGGCCUCCCCAGGAGGGCAGUGGAAUUGGCCGGGCCCCUGGGCGCGCCAUGCGCAGCACCACGCUGCUGGCUUUGCUGGCGCUGGUCCUGCUCUACUUGGUGUCUGGUGCCCUGGUGUUCCGGGCCCUGGAGCAGCCCUAUGAGCAGCAGGCCCAGAGGGAGCUAGGGGAGGUCCGAGAGAAGUUCCUGAGGCUCCAUCCAUGUGUGAGCGACCAAGACGUGGGGCUCUUCAUCAAGGAGGUGGCGGAUGCCCUGGGAGGGGGUGCGAACCCUGACAUCAACUCAACCAGUCACAGCAACUACUCAGUCUGGGACCUGGGAAGCGCCUUCUUUUUCUCAGGCACCAUCAUCACCACCAUCGGCUAUGGCAAUGCUGCUCUGCGCACAGAUGCCGGGCGCCUCUUCUGCAUCUUUUAUGCACUGGUGGGGAUCCCGCUGUUCGGGAUCCUGCUGGCAGGGGUCGGGGACCGGCUGGGCUCCUCCCUGCGCCGCGGCAUCGGUCACAUCGAAGCCAUCUUUCUGAAGUGGCACGUGCCUCCGGAGCUGGUGCGAGUUCUGUCCGCGGUGCUCUUCCUGCUGGUCGGCUGCCUGCUCUUUGUCCUCACCCCCACAUUCGUGUUCUGCUAUGUGGAGGGCUGGAGCAAGCUUGAGGCCAUCUACUUCGUCGUAGUGACGCUCACCACGGUGGGGUUCGGGGACUAUGUGGCCGGCGCCAGCCCCAACCAGAACUCUGCAGCCUACCAGCCGCUGGUGUGGUUCUGGAUCCUGCUCGGCCUGGCCUACUUCGCCUCCGUCCUCACCACCAUCGGGAACUGGCUGCGAGUAGUGUCCCGCCGCACUCGGGCAGAGGAGAUGGCCAAGUCUUCGGGCUGCCGUAGCUCGUUGAAGUCGGACUCGCAUAGCGACAUUCGGAAUCUGUGGUCCAUGGCCACACUGUCGCAGCCGAAGCUGAACGUGCAGCGGUCUAAUGUCUCCGAGGACUCCGACCUGGACGGCAGCAGCUUAGGCAGCAAGAUUGGCGAGUGGUACAAUCAAAGGGCCGGCUACAGCUCGGACGGAGGCUGGAAAGAAUGGGAUAACAGAGUAGCCGAUGUCGACUUAAAGCCAGAAGAGAUGGACGACGACACCUUAUUGGAGCUGGAGCUGCACCCCAUAGGUUCCCUGGAAAGCCAUUUAGAAGAGGAAGAUGACGAUGCCAGGACCGAGUUGGAAAUAUCUUCCUCAAUGCCAUCACUCCAUAUCUUGAAGCACAUACCCCAUCAUCGAGCCUACUGGGUGGAGCAGCAGAACAGGCUGCCAUUGCCCCUGACGGAACUCAUGGAGAAUGAAGCUCUGGAAAUCCUCACCAAAGCCCUCCAGAGCUACCGGUCAGAGAUCGGCAGGGAUCACUUCCUGACCAAGCAGCUGCAGCGAUACAUCGAGGGGCUCAAGAGACGCCGGAACAAGAGACUGCACGUCUCAGUGUACUGAAAACACCUCUUCAGGCUCGAGUGACUGCCCGACUUUAACCCGGGUCCCUGUCCUGCCCCCAGACCCAAGCCCGACCCUAUCCACAUGGAAUUUGAACCCUAGAGAAAUAAAAGAGUCUGUGCAUGG